UCAAUAAUAACUAGCCCUAACAAAUGAUUCCUUAACCAGUCGAAACGGCAAAAGUCGUCCUCCCAUUCUCCUCUCUGGCUCUCGUGUACUGUUAAUGGUGGUUUCAUUUGAAGCUUAGCCCUUUUUCUUUCAUUUUUCUGGUUUUCUAGAUAUGGGUAAGCUCAAUUCUUCAUUAUUUCUUCGUUCAUUUGUUACUGGUGGAAGGAAUCUUUCCAGUUUGCACUCUUCUUUUUCUUGUUCUUUUAACACCAUUGGUACCCACAUCGAAGCUUUAAGUAAGAAUUCAAUGUCUGUAAGGGGAAACCCAAAAAAGUAUGACCGCUUCAAUAAUGUUGAUGAUGCUUGGACUUUGUUUAAUAAGAUGAUUGAGAAGUACCCAAAGCCUUCAAUUUUGGAGUUCACUAAACUAUUAGCAGCCAUUGUUAGAAUGAAACAUUAUGCCAUUGUUGUUUCUAUGUUUAGCCGAAUGGAAUUAUUAGGAGUUUCCCAUAACGUCUAUUCUUUGAACAUCUUGAUUAAUACCUUUUGUCAGUUAAAUCAAAUUGAUUUAGGGUUUUCUGUUUUGGGGAAGAUGCUGAAGUUAGGGAUUGAACCUGAUGUUGUAACUUUGUCUACUUUGAUUAAUGGAUUUUGUAAGCAAAGCAAGAUUUCUCAAGCUGUGUGUUUGUUUGAUGAAAUGGUUGAAAAAGGGUAUCAUCCUAAUUUAAUUAUUUACAAUACAAUACUUAAUGGAUUGUGUAAGACUGGAAAUACUGAUAGAGCUAUUAGGUUUCUAAGGAUGAUGGAAGAAAGAGGUUUGGAACCAAAUAUUGUAGCAUAUAGUACUGUCAUUGACUGUCUCUGUAAAAACAGGUUGUUAAAUGAGGCUCUCGAGCUCUUUUCUAAAGUGAAGGCUAAGGGCAUUAGACCGGAUAUUGUUAUUUACAAUUGCUUAAUUCAUGGUAUGUAUAAUUCAGGUCAGCAUAUGGAGGCAACAAGGCUUUUGAAUGAAAUGGUGGAUAACAAUAUUUCACUUAGUAUUUUCACCUAUACUAUAUUGGUUGAUGCAUAUUGCAAAGAAGGAACGAUUUCUGAAGCUGAAGCUAUUGUUGACACAAUGAGAAAGCAAGGCAUUGAACCUAAAGUUGUUACCUAUAAUGCAUUGAUAAAUGGCUAUUGCUUGCAAAACAAAAUGGAUAAAGCUAGAAGAGUGCUUCAAUUGAUGAUCAAGAAGGGUUAUGCACCUAAUAUACUUAGUUACAACAUCAUGAUCAAUGGAUAUUGUAAAGCUAAAAGGUUAGACAAAGCAAUGGAACUCUUUCAUGAAAUAUCUCAAACGGGACUAAUCCCGGAUACUGUCACAUACAGCACUCUUAUGCAAGGUAUGUGUCAAUUAGGGAGAGUUUCUACGGCAUGUGAACUUUUGAAAAAGAUGGUUGCUUCUGGACAAGUUCCAGACCUGGUGACCUGUUCAAUUUUGCUAGAUGGUUUUUGCAAAGGUGGUAAACUCGAAGAGGCAUUGAAAUUUUUUCAAGCAAUGCGGAACAGUGGGGUUGAACUCAAUAUUGUUUCUUAUAGUAUCCUAAUUGAUGGCUUGUGCAAAACUGGGCAUAUCAAAAUUGCAAAGGAUUUAUUUUGUGAACUCUCAAUCAAUGGUUUAAAACCAAAUGUUUACGCAUAUGCUAUAAUGAUUAAUGGGUUCUGUAAAGAGGGAUUGCUAGAUGAAGCAUACCAGUUGUUUAGGAGCAUGGAAGAUAAUGAUUGUUUGCCUAAUAACUGCUGUUAUAAUGUAAUGAUCCAAGGGUUUUUCCGAAACGGCUAUUCCUCAGAGGCAACACAACUUCUUACAGAAAUGGUCGGUAAGGGCUUUUCUGCAAAUUUAUGGACUGCCACCUUAUUUGUGGAUCUCAUCAUACGAUCUAAUAAAUCAAUUUUGAUCUGAAA